UCUUCUUCGCCGGUGGAAGAGUCAGGUUGGUGUUAAAACCAUAAAAAAGAAUAAAGAAAGAAAGGGGGAGACUCGAAGCCCCUAAAAAUCUCACCACUCAAAGCCCAACUGUUUUCUUUUUCCAAUCCCUCCCUUUCUAUCCCUUUCUCUUCUUCCUCAAACCCAAUUCGAUUCAACAAACCAGAAUUACUUACAACUCUUCAUCAUCACUCGCCAUUCUUUUGCAUCUUCCGACAAUUUGAACGACGCCAAAUGAUUGAGGCCGUUUCAAGUAGAUGAUUGGGUGCUUAGCCGAGGAAAAUGGUGUUGGUAACCCAUCAGUUGCAGGGUACUCAUGUAGCAUUUCCUUCUAAAUCUUCAUCAUGGAGCAAGGGGUUGACGUUAAAGCGAUACAUAACCACACUUCAAUUGGUUGGGAGAAAAAACAGGUGUUUGUCAUUAAAGAACAAUUUCCAUGUAAGUGUAGGGGCUCCUCGUGUUGUUGGACUGAAGGUAAAAUGUUUCAAAAUUUCAGCAUUUAAAAGUAGUGCCCAACAUGAUGACUCUGGAAGUCGAGGUCGUGGAUCAAAGGUUGCAAAGAAUUCUGUUGAACUGUCUUAUCUUCCAAAAGAUGGUGAAGAGACUACGGCAGAGUCUCCUAAGGCACACAAUGUUCCACUUUCUUAUGCCACUGAAACAGAUGAAACUGUUGCAGCAUCCCCUGCUAUUCACAAGUUAUUCAAGAAAUGGUUAACAAUGUUACGCACUCAAUCACCAAAUGAAGUGGUGGAUGAGGUUUUGGGGGAAGGAAGACCUCCUGUGAAGAUGUCAGAGGCACAAACCGAGACUCAGAUCACUGGAAGAGGUGAGAUCCUAAAGGCAGUAUGGUGCCACUUCUGGUGUCUGGACGCAACAAUUAAGAUUCCCUUGUUGAUAUUUAUCCCUUUGUAUUUGGUUGUAAAUGUGAUCUACGGGGCAGAAGUUUCAAAAGAAUUGGCACCUUUAUGGGUGUUUGGGCCCUUGAUUGUGGUUCUAUACAUCAAAAUGCUCCAAGGAUUGUGUAAGCUCUAUGCGUACUGCUUUAAGCAAACAGUUAAAAUUGUUAAAAGCUUACCCACAUACUAUUUGAUUGCGUACAAUUACGUCGCUCACGGGAAACUGAAAGAAGAUGUGCGAGCUCGUAUCUAUCAGCCGGUAGUGGACAUGAAGAAUUUGGAUUACAAAGAGGUGUCAAGAAUAAAAUUGAAAGAACUCCAAGAAUGGAUGCUGGAGAAGUAUCUAGAUUUUGUGGAAUCAAUAUGGCCGUACUAUUGCCGGACCAUCAGAUUUCUUAAGAGGGCUAAUCUGAUAUAGAUUUGGCAACUGUAGUUUGGGUUAAGAAAAAAAGGUGUUUUAGGUUGUUGAGAGAGAAAUUUUGAAACCAGAUCCCAUUUUAGACUGGGAUCUUGGAUCUUUGACUUGAGCGCUCAAGUGGUCUGUGAUUCUUUGUAAUUUUGAAGGGCAAUGUUUUUAUAUUCAUUUAGGCAUCUAAUAUUUAUUCCUUAGUAAUAUUUUAUUGCUCCUGCGAGAUUCUUUAAUGGAUGGAUCCUUUUUUAUUUUGAUAA